UAUUACCGUGAAUACACCAAAUGAAAUAAUAAAUAAUCAGAAUGUAGCAGUUAAAACAAUAAAUAGAGAAUAUCAAUUUAAUAUUAUUCGUGAAUUUGGAAAGAAAUACUCUACUUUAAAAUGUCCACAUGCACAAUUUACAGAAGCAAUAAACAAAUUUGUUGAUGUUAUUUUGAGUGAUAUUCAAUUAUCAAAUGAAUAUUUAAAUAUACCAAUGAAUGAUAACUUAAUUGAAUGUUCACUAUCUGUACAUAUAAUUAAUAUAUUGAGUAUUAUAUCUUCUCUUCAUAAAGACAAGAAAUUAUAUGAAGAAAUUAUUUCAAAAUGUAUUGGUUUAUUUGAUUCUAAUAAUAAUAUGAAUCAUAAUAUAAUAUUGAUUAUAAGACUAAACAAUGUUGAAUAUGUAUGUGUUAAUCAAUCAACAGAUGAUUGA